UUUAUUCUAUAACUGUAAAUCGAGUUGCUAAUCUAACUGUAACCGAUCAAAUAUUAAUAAGUAAAAAAAUUUAAGUAUUUAAAAAAAUGGCGCCUAACGCUGACAACUCACAAAUUAAGAUAGAAGUCACCUCUGAUGAAUUCGGUUUCCAACCUGAUGAUGUUGUUAUAUCUGGAAUUUCUGGAAGAUUACCAGAAUGUGAUAGUGUAAAUGAAUUUAGAACUAAGCUCUACGCUGGAGAGGACAUGGUAACUGGCGAUCCAAGAAGAUGGCCCGACGGUUUGUAUGGCGCCAUUAUGAGAACUGGAAAAUUGAAAGAUAUUACUCCAUUCGAUGCCGAAUUUUUCAAUUACCCACCAGCUUUAGCUGAUCGUACUGAUCCGCAACAAAAAAUGUUAUUAGAAGUAGUCUAUGAAACUAUUAUUGACGCAGGAUAUCAUCCAAUGGCAUUGAAAGGUACACGUACAGGAGUCAUUGUUUCGUUGUCUUCUAGUGAAACAGCUGACUGGUGGUCUAGAGAUCCAGAAAAAGUGAAUGGAUACGAACUACUUGGAACUUUAAGAACUUUAGCUGCAAAUCGUGUAUCUAACUAUUUUGAUCUUAACGGACCAAGUUAUUCAAUCGAUACCGCUUCAUCGACUAGCUUAAUUGCCCUUCAUCAAGGUUUUAGACUUAUUCAAGAUGGCGUUUGUGACAACUGUCUAGUUACAGGUGUUGACUUAGUUUUGAAUCCAACAGUAUCUCUUAUGUUUCAAAAUUUGAAUAUGUUAUCACCUGGUGGUAAAUGUCGAUCUUUUGAUGCUGAAGGUGAUGGAUACGUCAGAUCAGAAGCUAUUGUUGCUAUACUUUUGCAAAAAGCUAAGUCAGCGAAACGUAUUUAUGCUGGGUUAUUGAAUGUUGGUAGUAAUGCUGAUGGAUACAAAGAUGAGGGCAUAACAUUUCCCUCAAGAGAAAUGCAAAUCAGUUUGUUCAAACAAGUACAAAGACAAAUUGGUGUAAAUGCGACUAAUCUAGCCUACUUAGAAGCCCACGGUUCUGCCACUAAAGUAGGUGAUCGUCAAGAAGUCGGUGCUAUUAUUGAUGUUUUUUGUAAGAAUAGAACACACCCUCUCCUUAUCGGCUCGCUCAAAUCAAAUAUGGGACAUGGAGAACCAGCAUCAGCAUUGUGUGCUGUUAUUAAAGUUAUUAUAGCAAUGGAGUGUAAACUUUUACCUCCCAAUUUACAUUACAAAAUUCCCAACCCAGAUAUUCCAGCUCUAUUUGAUGGUCGGCUAUCUGUGGUCACUAAAGUUACUCCUUGGAAUGGUGGUAUAGUAGCAGUGAACUCUUUUGGUGUAGGAGGUGCUAAUGGUCAUUGUUUGAUGAAAUCUUUCCCUCAAAAGAAAGGUCCUCAAAUAUUGGCUGAAGAAAUGCCUAGACUAGUUAUUGUUUCAGCUAGAAAUGAAAGUGCUAUGACAUUCAUGUUAAAUGGAAUUGAUGGCUUUCCAAGAGAUGAAGAAUUUUAUGCUUUAUUGAAUGAUGUUCAAAGUGAAAAUAUUAUUGGACAUAAAUGUAGAGGAUAUACUUUAUUUAAUAGCCUUUACGACAGAGUACGAAAAAUUAAGGAAUUUGAUGGCCUAAAACGUCCAUUAGUUUUCGUACUUCCUGGCGUCAGUGUUUACUGGGCAGGCGUUGGAGCACAAUUACAAAAAUUGACAGUCUUUAGAGAAUCUAUUGAGAAUAGUGCAAGUGUACUUCAAAAGAAAGGUUUUAACAUUUAUCCUGUUCUUAACUCUACAGAUACAACUACAACUCAAAAUCCACUUUUGUACGUUGUGGCAACAACUGUUGUGCAGGUCGCUCUUCUAAAUGUAUUAAAAAAAAUCGAAUUAUCUCCAGACUACAUUGUUAGUAAUUCACUUGGUGAUUUCGCAGCAGCUUUUGCCGAUGGUGUAUUGUCAGCAGAAGAAGCUGUUAUGUGUGCUUUUGAAUUAGGAAGCAUUUUAGCUCAACUUAACUUAAAAGUAUCCCAAAGUGUUCCAGUAAUAACUUCUAAUGAUGUAUCAAAAGUUUCGAAGCAAUUGCAAUCCAUUUUACAAUCAGUUAUGAGCUCAUCUAAAAAAAUUUCAAAUCGUUGGUUGAACGCAUCUCAAGUAUCAUCAAAUCAACCAAUUUCAGCCGCAUAUUUUGUUAACAGAUUAUCAUCUGACGUUUCUCUUCAUAGUAUGUUAGCUAAAUGCCCAGAUGACGCAAUUUAUCUACAAAUUCUUAACCAAAUCGAUUUACAAAAUAAUUCAGCAAUAAAUAAAAAUUCAGUUUAUAUAAAUUUAAUAGAAGACAGUAAUGAUACCUUGAAACAACUAUUACUUAGCAUUGGAGAUUUAUUUAAUGCUGGUCUCCAACCUCAAAUCAAACAUCUUUAUCCACCAGUUAAAUAUCCAGUUUCAAGCGGUACUCCUAUGAUUCAGUCCUUAGUUGAAUGGGAUCAUUCCGUAAAAUGGCACGUUGCUACUUUCCAUGGAAAGCCUCCAUCAAAUUCUGGUGAGAUUAAAUUAAACGUCGAUAUGAACUCAGAAGAAUACAGUUUCUUAAAAUCUUUUACGAUUGAUGAUAAACAUUCAUUCCCUUAUUCUGGAUAUUUGGCUUUAGUUUGGGAAGGAUUAGCUAAAUUAAUGUACAAAGAAUUAGUUGAAGUUCCAGUUGUCUUUAAUAAUGUAGAAUUUUUAAAACAAACUAUAAUACCAGAAGAAGGAACAUUGAAUUUCGUAUUGAAUAUUUUAACAUCUGGUGAAUUUGAGUUGCAAGAAUCGGGUGAAAUUGUUGCUCUGGGCCAGAUAUGUUAUUCAAAUUCUCUAGAUAAAAUUUUACUUGAUUUAGUUUCAUCUAGAAGUAAAGGGGAAUACUUACCAUUAGAAUCUAAUGAUGUUUAUAAAGAAUUACGUUUGAAAGGUUAUGAUUAUAAAGGCAUACUCAGAGGAAUUAAAGAAAUAGAUAAUAUCGGAUACAAUGCAAAGGUUAAUUUCAAUUCCAACUGGUUGGCGUUUUUAGAAAGUUUGUUUCAAAUCCCAUUAUUCCAAGUAGACACUCGUGAAUUAUAUAUUCCAAGGUAUAUUAAAAAAGUAGUCAUUGAUCCACUGAAACUAAUGAAAAUGGCAGAAAGUUUAAACAAUGUUAUUCCAGUUACAUACCAUAAACAUGUCGACGUUAUUAAAGCUGGAAGUAUCGAAGUAAAGGGAAUGGAAUUUGACCGUGUUACUAUAAGACAAAAAAUUCAGAAAGAUCCAAACUUAGAGUUCUACACCUUCCAACCAUACAUAACAGAUGAACCAUCAAGAAAUGCCUUAGACACAUGCGUACAAUUGGUUUUUGAAAACAGUGGUGGUGCUUUCAAACUCAAAGUAGCUGAAGUUGGAACUGGAAAAACAUUAGAACAACUCUUUGCUAAAUCCAUCACAGACAUUAUCAACACAGAGCCAAUGCCCAAUGUAGACAUAACUGUUUAUGCUGACGACGUAAGUUCUAUUGCCGAACCACUUAAAGAAAUUGGUAUUCGUACUGCACAAAAGGAUGUUUUCAGUUCAGAACCAAUCGAUUCUAACUGUCAUUUAGUUAUAGUAGUAGAUCAACUCACAAAUUCAACCAUGAUCAAAAACGCAACUGAAAGUUUAAAAAAUGGUGGAUGUGUUUUAUUUGUAGAAAGUAAAAAACCAUCUGAACAGCAAAUUAAUUCUACUGGUUUAGAAUUGGUAGCUAAAUUACAAUCUCAAGAUAAUAAAACCUUUAUUCUACUUCGAAAAAAAGUUGACUUACCACAACCAAUCGUUGUAUAUUGUACCGGCAAUGAUUUUUCAUGGAUUGAAACAUUUAAAUCUGCUUAUCAGAAAGCUGAACAUGAAAAUAAACAAAUACUUCUGGUAAGCCAAGAUAUUGAGUAUUCAGGGAUUUUAGGUUUUGUAAACUGUGUCCGAUUAGAACCUAAUGGUAAUGCUCUAAGGUGUCUUUUCAUUGAAGAUUCAAAAGCUCCCAAGUUCUCUCUUACUUCUGAUUUCUACAAAAAACAGCUAAAAAAAGAUUUGCUUGUAAAUAUUUUACGCAAUAACGAAUGGGGAAGUUAUAGACAUUACUUAUUAGAGGAUCAAUCUAACAAUACAAAAAAAUCAGUAGAAUAUGCAUUUAUCACCACAAAAAAAAUUGGAGAUUUGUCAUCAUUAUGCUGGACUGAAAGUAGCUUGAGAUACUUCAAUAGUCAUGAAAACUCUAGAAAAGAUUUAUGUACAGUUUAUUAUUCUCCAAUAAAUUUUUUGGAUGUGAUCUUCGCAAAUGGAGUAUUAUCACCAGGAUUUAACGCUGAUGAACUAAAUAUGGGAGCAUAUCUAGGAAGAGAAUUUUCCGGCCGAAAUUCUAAAGGACAAAGAGUUUUUGGUUACAGUUCUGGUAGUGCUUUAGCUACUCAUGUCACAGUAGAUAAUUCAACCCUAUGGGAAGUUCCAGACAAGUGGACGUUAGAACAAGCAUCGACAAUACCCUUAGCUUAUGCUAUGGCAUAUUAUGGAAUUUUUAUUCGUGGUAAACUGCAAGCAAAUGAAUCUAUUCUUCUACAUAAUGGAGGAAACUACAAUAUGUUGGCUGCUUUACAUAUUUUACAAAACCAUGAUGCAGAUAUUUAUGUUUCGGUAUUAAAUGAAUCCCAAAGAAAAUAUAUUUUAAAAACAUAUCCAAAAAUACCAAGUGAUCAUAUUGUUAACAACCAGGCAUUUGAAAAAGAAAUUCUCGACAAGACAAAUGGUAAAGGCGUCAAAUUUAUUUUCAAUAUUUGUCAUCCUGAACCAAAAAUAUUACGAAGUUUCAUUCGUGCAUUGGCUGAAAAUGGGCGCAUUAUAGAGUUUGAAAGACGUCGUUUCCAAGUUGAAUCAAUUGGCGUUUCGGGAAAUUUCAAAAAUAUUUCAAUAGUAAAAAUGAAUAUGAAAACUUUCUUAGAAGGUAAACAUUCUUUAUCUGAAAAAAAAGAAAUCCACAAGUUAAUAAAUGAUGGAAUAAAAUCGGGUAUAAUUCAACCACUGCCUAAUCAAAUUUAUAGUAAUGAUAGUAGCUUGGUUGAAGCAUUUAAAGCUGCUUAUAGCACAGAAUUAAUUGGAAAAGUUACAUUUAAAAUUCGUGAUGAAGAAUCAAAAAAAAAUGUUAUCCCAGUAUCUCAUAAAGUCCAAGCAUUGCCAAAAACAUUUGUGGAUCCAACAAAAUCAUAUAUUGUAGUUGGUGGUUUGGGUGGAUUUGGUUUACAGGUAGCAAAUUUCUUAGUAAGUAGAGGAGCAAGAAAAUUGGUUUUAGUAUCAAGAAGUGGUGUUCGUUCUGGAUUCCAGUCAUUGUUCCUUAGAAGGUGGCAUGAAAAAAAUGUUCAAGUAGUAACAGUUGAAUAUGAUACUUCAAAUAUUGAAGGAGCUGAAGCACUUAUAAAAAAAGCUAACAAAUUAGGACCUGUCGGAGGAAUAUUCCAAUUAGCUGCUGCAUUACAUGACGCUUUAAUUAAUGAUUUAACGGUAGAUCAUUUCCAUCUGGCUAAUGAUCCCAAAGCUAUUUCUACUCUUAACUUAGAUCUUGCAUCUAGAAAAUUAUGCCCACAAUUAGAAUAUUUCAUUGCUUGGUCUUCUGGAACUAGUGGUCAUGGUACAGCUGGACAAUCCAACUAUGGUUAUGCAAACUCUGUAGUUGAAAGAAUUUCCGAAGCACGUCAAGCAGCUGGAUAUCCAUCGACAUGUAUUGAAUGGGGUGCUAUUGGAGAUGUUGGAAUGGUUUUAGACGCAUUAGAUGACAAUAAUGCAAAUAUUGGUGGAAGUUACCCACAAAGAAUGGCAUCUUGUUUAAAUGCUCUUGAUAAUUUUAUGCAAAAACCACAUCCAGUACUUUCUAGUAUGGUUCUUGUAGAAAAGAAAAAAGCAAUAGGAGAUUCGGGAAAAGCUGGUCCAAUUGAUGCUGUUGCUAAAGUUUUAGGAAUUAAAGAUACUAGUAAUGUACUAGGAACCUCAACAUUAACUGAACUUGGAAUGGAUUCAUUGAUGGGUGCUGAUAUAAAACAAGUUCUAGAAACUGAUUUUGAUAUUGAACUUAGUGCCAAAGAAAUUAGAGAAUUAACGUUUAACAUACUCAAGGAAUUAUCAAGCAUCGAUGCUGAUUCUGAAGAAAACAAUGAACCUACGUCGAAGAAACUUCAAGAAAUUAAUGAUAUGAUCGUUUGCGGUUAAUUGACAUAUAAUUAUUAUUUUAUUACUUAAAUGUUAACUUAAAUUUUAUUAAAAUUUAUAAAUUAUAAUAAUUAAUAUAUAAUAUAAUAAUUAUUCAUUGAA